AAGACGCCAUCUUCAUUUAAAUAAGUCUACAAACAACUAGUUUGUUUGAUUAAUCUUCUUCUUUGUCAAAACAGAAAUCGUCGAUUUUGUUUUAAAAAAUGAGCGUUAAUUUAGAAGAUUACUUCAGGACCGUCUUUGAAGACAAACUCUUGGUUAAAAUGCCUGAGCGUGAGGAUGAUCAACUCACUCCUGCAACGCGACUUCUCGAGAAACGAAGAGAGAUGGCUGAAGUAGAACAAGCAUUGACAGCACAAAAAGAAGAAUUUCAAAUGAAAAUGGAAAGCUUACAGCAAAGAAGAGAGGAGUUGGAGAGGAAAGAAUACCAAUUGAAAGAAUCUCUGUUAAAAUUUGAUAAAUUCUUAAAGGAAAAUGAUUCGAAACGGGCAAGAGCUCUGAAAAAGGCCUCUGAAGAACGAGAAAUGAGGCGAGGAAAGGAAAAGGAAAUAUGCCGGUUAAAAGAAGAGACAGCGAGUUUGAUCAAAGUACGCGACAGAAUGAAAAAAAAAUUAUCGAAAUUCGUUGUUUUUCAACAGUAUCUUGACAAGGUGCUGGAAAAGGCGGAAGAAUUUCAGGAGAUUCGUGAAAUCAUUGCUCGCUACGACACGCUCACAGCCACACAUCAGGAUCUUUUCGAACGGGAAACUAAUCAAGAAAAAUACGAAAAGGAGAGAACAAGCCUUAUCAAAUUCACUGAAGAAAAAAACAACGAAGUUUUGAACUACAACAACCAGCUUGCACAGCUUCAGACGGAGUUGGAGAAAACGCAGAGUGUUGCUGUAAAAUGGGAGUCAGAAUGGACACAUAUCAAAACUACAGCGGCUAAAAAAACUUUGUUGUUGGGAAGAAUUAAAAUGGCAACGCACAAUCUCUUCAUGUUGGUCAAUGGACAGUUGAAAACUACGGUUGUCAUCGAAAAUACAGAGAAACAGCUGGAGAAGAUCCAAACUUUCAUUCAAGAUCUUUCGCAGAUCACGCAAGAUAUCAAACGCGGGGAGAAUGGCGCGACCACGUCAAUGACGUCAGUUUAAUGUAGGCAAUUAAAUGGUGAUAUGACGCUCGAAUUGUUAAUGAAUCGUUAACGAGAUUAAUUAAUUUACAUUGAAAUGCAUGUUAAUUGUAUAUUACGAGUAUUAAUUUACAACAAAA